AUGUGUUGGUUUAGACUAGUUUUCAAGGUCUGCCCCUGCCUGCUCAACCGCGUCAGGCUGAACCUGGCGGUGAAGACAUGUCCGAAGGACCCAAGCUUGACAGACGCUUUGGCAGACGACCCGAAAAGACCCACACUCCGCGCUGCUUUGCCGGUUAUUCAUCCUUCUCGGAAAAAGCCCUCUCUCCCUCCCGUCCAACCAUUUUUCCCCAUUUUUCACCACUUUUCCCCACUUUUCCACGUGACGCUCUUCAAGCCAACAUCCGACAAGAUUGUAUCCUUUGCUCAACUCCCCUGUUUCACCGUUGCCAUGACCUCUACUGCACGUGUGAAGCCCACGCUCUGCUCCACAUCUCUCUCCUUCCAGCAGCACCAGUUCAUUUCUGAUGAUGUCCAUCAAGGCAGCAUCAGCAUCACUAUGGCCACUAGUACCAAUUCAGCGCCUGCAAGCAGUGUAAACACGACCGGCCGAAACGUCGUCACGCUUUCACCACAACUGUAG